AUGCCCUUCCGAAGGCGAUGGGAUGCUGAUACCCUUGUUGCACCAGAUUGGCUGAACAAUGGCGACAAUGCCUGGCAGCUGACCGCGGCUACACUCGUCGGCCUGCAGUCUGUACCGGGACUUAUGAUAAUCUACGCCGGCCUCGUUAAGAAGAAAUGGGCGAUCAAUUCAGCGUUCAUGGUUCUCUAUGCCUUCGCUGCCGUCCUGAUUUGCUGGGUAAUUUGGGCAUACAAAGCAUCCUUCGGCAAGCAAAUGCUCCCUUUUGUUGGAGUCCCAGGUCCUGCAGUUGGAAUGGACUAUGAACUCAAGCAGGCUGUCUUACCGGAAGCCGGACUCACAGCAGCUUAUCCCAUGAGCACCAUGGUCUACUUCCAGUUCGUGUUUGCCGCGAUCACGGUCGUUCUUAUCGGCGGAGCUGCCCUCGCGAGGAUGAACUUCCUCGCUUGGAUGGCUUUUGUUCCUCUGUGGUUAACGCUGAGCUACACCGUCGGUGCCUUCAGCAUCUGGGGGGGAGGAUUCCUAUACGAUCUUGGUGUACUUGAUUAUAGCGGUGGAUAUGUGAUUCACGUAUCUUCAGGUACAGCAGGUUUUGUUUUGGCUUACUGGGUCGGACCGCGUCAUCCCCGAGAUCGUACUGAAUUCCAUCCCAACAACGUUCUGCUUGCUCUUACCGGCGUUGGCAUUCUCUGGCUCGGCUGGAACGGGUUCAAUGGUGGAGAUCCUUACACUGCCUCCCCAGAUGCCGGUGCUGCCGUGCUAAAUACCAAUGUUUGUACUGCGAUGAGCAUGCUAACCUGGACGUGCUUGGAUUUGGUCUUUUUCAAGAAGCCCUCUGUUAUCGGGGCCGUCCAAGGCAUUAUCACUGGCCUCGUUGCGAUAACGCCUGCAGCGGGUUUCGUUGCUGGCUGGGGAGCAAUUAUCAUCGGUUUCUGUUCAGGCUCAAUACCAUGGAUGUCGAUGAACAUUCUCGGAAAGCAGAAGUGGUUCUUGGAUUUCUCCGAUGAUGUUGUGGGGGAUUUUCACACCCAUUUGGUUGGCGGCAUCGUAGGCGGAUUUCUCACUGGCUUAUUUGCAACAAGCGAAGGCACAGCAGCUUUUGCUCUAGCGCCAAAUGGAGGUGCGAUAGAUGGGAAUGGCCGGCAAGUAUGGGUACAGAUAGUUGGGUUUCUCUUUAUCAUCGGCUGGAAUGUUUUUUGGACCAGUGCGAUUUGCCUGUUCAUCAAAUAUGUUCUCAGGAUACCUCUACGAUACAGCGAGGAGGUGUUACUCAUUGGUGAUGAGGAGAUCCAUGGCGAACUCCCAUAUGCCUUCUUCCACGAUGGAAGACAUGACUACGUAAGUCAAGCCAGUAGCACCCGCGGACGAUCACACUUGACCCAGAAUACUGACCUAGUACAGGACGCGAAAUAUGGGAGACCGGCGAGUAUUGAUGCAGAGCGUGGUGGAGUUCUGGAGGGAGUUGACGCCCAUCGAGAGAUUGAGAGCGAGGGAGGGGAAAGCUCAAAUGGCGGCAAGGCAAAGAAACAAGAAUAA